AUGGGUAUAAAAAUACCAGUCGUAGUCAGAACUAACGAUGAGCUGACCCUGACUCAGUACGUCGGUCGACAGAGGGAUCGAAGAGUAGACCAUGGAAAUGUACGAAUCAAGCCGGAGACGAGGGUUCUCGAGGUGACAGAACAACUGACGAAUUCUGGGCCGAAUAUUGAUGAAGAUAGAGCGGAAAUGAUGGCAGAAACAAUUGAUGGACCAGAGGACUCUAGUUUGCGAACAAAUGCGGACAAUAAGUACUUCAGCUCAAAGAAGUACGAUCAUAUCCGACUCAAAGGCAGUGAAACAGCGACAAAGGGAUACUACCUCGCCGGAGUGGUGAAAAACGGCCGACUGGUGUUAUUUCCCGUUCGGACCACUUUCCAGCUACGCCCUAGUCUCGGCUACAUGGAUCGCGCCGUCAAAAUGAUUGACAACAAAGAUGGUGACAGCUCUGACGACGAAUCCAGCUCAACUCAAAAGAUUCGAGUUCGAAUUAACCGAACAGAAACGGCCUCUUCUCACGCGCCCGUUAAAACAUUCACCUCGCACAAACGAGAAGUCGAGGAAGAGGCUUGGAAGAAUCUGGCUGUUUAUCCGGUGGAAACGCUGAACGAAAGCUAUGAUGCUUCAGAAGCGCAUGUGAAGAAUCAAGAGUACGCGCCGAUCGAAGCGUAUUUGGAAAAUAUGUCCCACAAGGAGACGAAGAAAGACUCCGAGUACGAUCGAGCAUUGCGUGACAAAUUGAUGGAAUAUCUUUGGGACGGACAGGCAGCGAGCUAUUCUCAUCUAAAGGCCAAAUUCGGCGACUACUCGGAAGAGGAUCUGAACGACAAUUUGAAAAUUCUCUGCUGGGCGGUUCGAGGCUACUUUACUCUUAAAGGAUGCAUCAGAUACCAGCGAGAUCAGCGAAGCGACAUGGCUAGGGAUAAGGUCAUCUCGGCACUGAAUGAACUCCUCGCCCCAAACGUGCAAAUCCCAGUGACUAAAAGGGACACUGUGGCGAAACUGGCCAAGACAGAAGACGACAACUCGUCUUCUUUCACCCCAAAGACCGACCCCGAUCGUUUAGUUGGCAGCAACAGUGCCGGCAUCUUCGCUGGUCCGGCCGAAUCGGACGCUGAAAUUGACAGGAGAAGAAAGUCGAUCAUCCGGUUUCUUGAAAACAAGGAGCCGCCGAUCGGGCGAAAGCGCGAUCUCAUGAGCGCGCUCGGUUUACAGAGCAUCGACGACGUAGCGACCACGAUGGUAGAUGGAAGCGCGCUCGUUGCUUUUCCGCAUUCGAUUGCUUUCUGUGAGCGAAAGGAAGACGCAUUUAUUCUUCAAACAAUGGCUGAAAUGGUCCAGGCCCAAGGCAAAUUUCGAAGAGCAGCUGUUUUCGCGAUCACUCAGAAAACAGACCUCCCGAUCGACACGAAGAGUUUUGACCAAACUCUGAGGAGGUUUUGCUACUCUGCUGGUCAGUUCUGGAACGGGUCGAAAUUUGAAACAGGGAGAUAA